UUAACAGCCGGGGACACCUCCGCUCGAGCGGAAGCGGCUCCUCGGGACGGAAGGAAUCGCCGAGGUCCUUCGCUGCCAACAGGCAACGAUCCAGGAAACGUUUCCGCCGAUCCGACGGACAAAUCGAAUUUAUCCUCGGUUUUGAUCGAAACGCGCGGCCCGAUCUAAAAUAAAUCAUGUUACUGCCGAGGAACAAUGGGAUCUUUGAGCGCGAGAGUAGUCGUUCUCCGCGGAUUCGUCGAAGCUUGGACAAAAGUGAUAGAGGAGAUAGGGGAAAAUAUGGUGUUGUAUAGUGCUUUUGUUUUUAAUCCUUUGCACUUUGUGGUUGGCUGUGCUGCAUUGAGAAUUUACGUCGGAGGUGCUAUAUAGAGGGUGGGGUAAUAUUAGCACCGCAGAUAUCUUCGAAAUUGUAAGUUUUACAGAAAUAUUUGCUGAAAUAAAAUAAAAUAAAUUCUGAACGAGCUGGCCACAAUAUUGGAUCGCCAAUCCAACGACAGUGAUGAUCAUCAUUUCGAACUACUAUAAACGUAUAUUUCAUUUACUACUGAAACCGGGGCAGUCAGCUAUAAGCAUUUAACGGAGCACACCAGUCGAACAAUCGUGGGCCAUUGGAUCUAGCUGUACCCUCGAGAUGCGGUGAUGGCUCUGCUAAACAGAUUCGCGCAGCUGCCUGACAGCAGUGGCACGCGGGUCUUCUCGUUCAUCGUCACCAGGAGCGUGAUACGCGACCCCGAAAGAGACGUCACCAGCAAGGAGCUCGUCUGCGGCUUCCAGCGAUGGUCCGUCGCGUUCUCGCGAGGCAACAAGGUGUUGGGCGCGUACCUGGUAUGGCGAGGUGCCUCGAGGAACCUGCGUGUCUACGUGGACUUCACGUUCACCCUGCUGAACCGGGAGCACUUCUCGAUGAACGAGGGCUUCUCGGGCAAACGCGUCAAGUUCACGUACGAGGCGCCCGCCCAGGGGAACCGGAACUACAUACCGGUCUCGGACCUCUACAACCGAAACUUCGCCGACACGAACGGCGAGUUCCAGCUGGAGCUGACCAUGUCGAACGUGAGGACCGUCUACAUGACCGAGCUUAAAGUGGCGAGCAGCACGUUCUCCGCGGGCAAGUCGAAGCCGAACAAGCUGGAGACCGACUACUUCGCAUUCGGUGGCUGCGACUGGAACCUGGUCGUCUAUCCGUACGGGAACAAGGAGUCGGAGAGUUACCGGGGCCACGAGAGCUGCGUCAGCGUCUACCUGAUGAGGCUGACCGGUUUCGAUCAUCGGUGCAGGGUGCGAUACAGCGUCGCCCUCGGCGAAGGAGAUCGCAGGAUAGACUCCGGCCAGAUAGAGGACCUGUCCGACGUGGAGGGUUGCAGCUUCGGCUGGCAUCCGCGCGUCAGGUGGUCGGACAUCGCUCAUAAAGGUGUGGUCAGGGUGUCUCUCGAGCUGGUCGAGGCGAGGACGAUCUGCGAAGUCGCCGUGUUAGCCCGGGGACCCGCGACUUUGCCUACCAUACCCUGCUACGAUCGGGACAAGCAAGCUUGGACGCUCCGCGCUGAUCUGCACUCGGACACUGUCAGGCUGCACUUGGUGUACAAGGAUAUUCAUAACGUUCCGCGGAACCAUUUGAGGUACGUCAGCUGGUCGGCCUACCUACUCCGGGACGAGGAGCCGAACACCGUCGCGAUCAGCCUGCCCGGCGGCCCGUUCAGUCGGUAUUACUCUCAAGAGCCCGUGGACGAGGGCAUAAUCAUGGAGACGAACCUCGAUACGAACGAGGUGAAGGACAACCAGUCCCUGUUCCUCACGGACAAAGGGCAACUGAGGAUCCGUUUGGAAUGGAACGAGAGCCACUUGCUGUUCCAGGCGACCUACCACAAGUACGACGACGUGUGCCGCAUCCACAAUCAGCAAAUGCGACGCGAGAUCGCCUCCCUCCAGGCGGAGAACUACAGCCUGGAAAGGCAGCUGUUCAGCUACCAGAAGAGCCUGGCGUACGCCCAAGCGCAGCAGCAGCAGCAACAGCAAAACCAAAACCAGCAGCACCACGCCGGCCAUCAGCCGCACCUGGAAAGGUCCGCGUCGACCGACACCGAAUAUGCCUGACAAGUAGAACAGAUGAACGAGCUGCCGGGGGCCGGCGGUUGCAGACGGCAGUUGCCGAUCGUGCAGGAAAACGACCGCCGAGUCCACCAGAAUCUCGUCAGGAUGAUGGACCGGCGGCUGAGCAACGUCCAGCUGCAGCAACACCUCUACGAGACGGACGACAACCAGUACUACCAGCAAAGGUACGGGGACGGAUCGCCGAGGCAGAGCGUCGAUCAUCAGGAGCAUCGGCGGAGCAUCGUGCAGCAGCCGAAGUCGGCGCGUUCCAGCGUCGGCAGAUCGGACAGCGCGUCGGACCGCGGGACAGACCGUUACGCCGGCUAUUAUUUGGGGUACGUCGGUCAGGCAGCGCACAAAAGACGUAGGACCACUUUCUGGGAGACCCUGACGGGUCUCGUGUGCUCAUUGGGCGCUUUGGCUUCCAGGGCUGCCAAGAUGGCCACCAGACGGGGCGAGCCGCUCUGAAGAAUCGCGUACGCGACGGACCAGCGGACCGACGCGAGUCCGGGAAUCCGCGAACCGGAACGGGAACUCGCGAGCUCGCGCACACGGCGCACACGCACACGCACAUGCACCCAGUGACCAAUUUGUGAUCGUGUGUGACACACGGAGUGACACGGAGAGUACCAAAAGGAAAUCGUCCGCUCGCCCGUCGACCGGAUUCUAUUUUUCUCGCGGUGCAUGCCUGUGACCCGCGUCGACCACACACACACAAGCGCGCACACACACGUACACACACGCAGAGAGAGAGGGGCUAUACGAUGAUCCCGCGCACCCGAACCAGUUCGUCGAUGAUUCCCAUUUUUUGCGACGACGGACGCGAGUAUAUAUAUUUACUAUAUAUGUAUACAUGGAACCCGACUCACGCGUAUAUGUAUAUGUGUAUAUAUGUGUGUGUAUAUAUACACAUAUAUAUCUAUGUGUGUAUAUGUAUAUGUAUAUAUGUGUGUGUGUGUGUACGUAUACGGUAGCCGGUUAAAACAAACGCCGCGGAACGAUGUUACAUGUUUUCGUAGAGGGCUGGUCGGAUCGUCGGUCGCGCUACGUCACGACCCUGGCUGUCGAUGAUGCUACCGAAAGAAGCUCCCCCUAACAUGAUGUUCAGUGGCAUACAAAGGUGUUUCUUUUCUUGCACGGGCGCUAUAUAUAUAUACGCCCGCCAACCAGAUUAUUCUGAUGAUAUCGACAAUAUGGCGACUGGGAGCGACGAAGAACGGAGAUAUGAUAAUGAUGAUGUUGAUGACGCAUCGUACCGCUUGGAAUGGUUUCACUAACGGGGACAGCCGGUUGAUCACACACUUUCGUCCAUUUUUCCGCUGACGGAGUCCAAGAAGGUGAACGACGAAAAAAGGAUCGCGACAGCGUCUUGUCCUUCGACGACGAUAGCCCGGCUGAAAAGGAACCAAGAAACUUUGAACGGAACUGUUCGUGCUUGGGAAACCAACGGAAGACGGAACCAGGAUGGCUCUGGGCGUCGAUAAUCGAUUUGGAAGUCCGGUCGAAGUUCGCGCAGAGACAGACACGCAUGUACACACGUACCAACCACACACAGAACACAGAGAGUAGGAACCAAGGAGGGUUUCGACGGCUGAACACAUACGGGAAUGGAAGCGGAACACGGAAAGAACGGUCUCGUCCACCCUCGAUUUCGAUUCUACACGUUUAAACACGGAUAACGAUUCUAUCUACUUGUCAAUUUACUAAAAAAGAAAAACGAUGAAAAAAAAAUGGAGCAAACAAACAAGAAUACCUAUUUUCCUCUAAAGACUUUUUUCACCUAUCGUCUGCGACUUCUUUGAUAAUAAUGGAUCCGUGCGGCGUAGUCGCCGCGAACUCGUAAGCAGCGUAAAUUUAUCGUAGUUACGUACACAUCCUAAAACGAAUUAAAGAACAUUGAAAAAACGGAGAAAAACAGAGGGAAAAAAAAAUGAUAAAAUAAAUACAUAGAGUACAGUCGAUGUUACAUAAACCGAAAGUAGGCGAACCGGAGGGGCGUUGUUCGAUCUCGUUGCGGAGCAAUUAACGUGGUGCACGAGCAGCGCGUCGGUGUUCGGCUAGAUGCGGCCAUUAGUUUCCUCGAUGCACGCCGAAAGAUCUAGGUGAAAAACGUGGCGAAACACGCGUUCGAUUCGCCGUCUGCACGGGCCAAUCCAAUAUUCUAACUCGACUGUUACCGUU